AUGAAUUCGCCGAAAAAGGACGGAGACGAUGAUGUGCCCGUUAAAGACUCGAUUAAAUACGGCGAACUGGUCAUUUUGGGGUACAAUGGCUCUCUUCCGAGCGGGGACCGUGGGCGCCGAAAGAGCCGCUUCGCGUUGUAUCGACGCGCCAAGGCCAACGGCGUCAAGCCCAGCGCCGUACACAUCCUCAACAACCCGCAGGACAGCAAGGCUGUGCACAGCAGGGGGCAGCACAGCAUCUCCUUCACGCUGUCCCGCAACCAGACAGUGGUAGUGGAGUAUUGCCAUGACAACAACACUGAUAUGUUCCAGAUUGGGCGAUCCACAGAGAGUCCCAUUGACUUUGUGGUGACGGACACCUCCGGGGGGGCAAAGGAGGGCGAGGACCCCUCCAUUGCCCCCAGCACCAUCUCACGUUUUGCCUGCCGCGUGGUGUGCGAGCGCCACCCACCCUACACGGCGCGCAUCUACGCCGCUGGCUUUGACUCCUCCAAAAACAUCUUCUUAGGGGAGAAGGCGACUAAGUGGAAGAACCCGGACGGCCACAUGGACGGACUGACCACCAACGGCGUGCUGGUCAUGCACCCCGAGGGAUUUCCUGAGAUGCCCAAGCAGGGUUUGUGGCGGGAGAUCUCUGUGUGCGGCGACGUCUACGCCUUGCGGGAGACUCGUUCCGGGCCGAGCCGAGGCAAACUGGCAGAAGGCGAGAGUAGCGCGCUGCGCGACGGCUCAUUGGUAGACCUGUGCGGCGCCACCUUGCUGUGGCGCACGGGCGAGGGUCUCAUGCGUGCUCCCACCUUGCGCCACCUGGAAGCGCUUCGCCAGGAGCUGAAUGCAUCGCGGCCGCAGUGUCCCGUGGGCCUCAGCACACUUGCCUUCCCCAGCCUCCCGCGCAGUCACAGCCUUGAAGAACGUCAGCCCUGGGUCUACCUCACGUGCGGCCAUGUCCACGGACGCCACGACUGGGGCCAAAGGUCCGAGGUGGGCGAGGAGGAGCCCUUAGAGGGCGAGGGCUCUGCCACGCGGCGGGAAUGCCCGCUGUGCCGCAGCGUAGGCCCCUACGUGCCACUGUGGCUGGGCUGCGAGCCGGCCGUGUACGUGGAUGCCGGCGCCCCCACGUAUGCCUUUGUGCCCUGCGGCCACGUGUGCUCAGAGAGGACAACCAGGUAUUGGGCGGACACCCCGUUGCCGCACGGGACGCACGCCUUCAGACCCGUGUGCCCCUUCUGUUCCGCCGCCCUUAGCACCCCCGGGUGGACGCGGCUCAUCUUCCAGGGUCCCAUCGACUAGCCGCCACACAAAAGCGCCACCCCCCCUACCUUUUUUUUCCCCCUAACUGUAUGAUGGUCUUCCCCUUAUUUCUCCUUUAGGGCUUGGUGAUGGAUUGAGGAUCUGGACUUUAGGCAACUCAAUGAAAUGUGACAGAAUGAUCGAUACACUCAUUGAUUACCUCGAAUGUCUGCGCACUUAGGCUCUGCUGGUUUUCUUCCCGCGCAAGCCUGAGCUUCUCGCAAAGAAAAAGAAAAGCGAUUAACACGUCAGAUUUGAUGUUUUAUGUCGGACUGUAGCUCACAUGGUGCUUUUUAGUGCGUCAGCUUUUGUGGAAUGAAACCUAGCAGUUCACGAUCAUACUUACAAUCAAAUUGAUCCUACAGCCGCCCUGCAAAUUAAUUACAUCUCAAAACUUCUUAUGUCAGGAUCAUCGUAAAACAAUGAUCCUGGACUAGAUCUCAAUCCCAUCAUCAGGGCAGAAUGAGUAUAAACAAGGGCAUGGACUCCCAAUAAAUUAGGUAAGAUCCACCUUACAUACACACACACACACACACACACACACACACACACACACACACACACACACACACACACACGCACACACACACACACACUAAACCCCGUGAAGCAAUAACACCACUCACUCUUGUAUAAGCUAAGAUCUCACGCUAGGUUUUAGCCAAGUGCUAGACUAGCGGUGGUCGCCUCAAACAUGGUUGUAGCGUUUUUUUGCUUUUCCUCCCUGCCCUCUGUGUCAUACCAUAGUGAAAAAAUCACAAUACAAUAUAUAAUUACAUCCCCAAUGAUCUGGUUUCACUGCUAAUGCUAACAGGGUUUCCUUUUAAAGUAAGUGGGUGUGUCGGUGCAGCCAAAGUUUUGUCCUCGCUUAACCUAAAAAAAAAAAACUAAACCGAAAUUGUGUGCUUGUGUAUGUGUCAAAGAAAAGUUAUUUUGUUAGGAAAUGUGGUUCAGUGUUUGGGGUGGGGGGGAAGAUAUAUCUAUAUGCAUAAAUAUACAUAGGCUAUUUUUGUAUCUGAUAUAGUUGUUAACCUUGGUGAAAGUUCAGCGUAUGGUCUGGGAUGUGUUAGACGUAUAACAACCCAUGAGUGUGAAAAUGUUACCAACACUAUCUCAUGCACACACACACGCACACAGACAAACGAUAAACACGAUGACGCAGUGCUACCGUUUCCCGGACACUGAAUGUUGCCGACCAUACAGGCUAUGUGUUUAUUAGCCUCUCUGGUGCUCUUAUUAAAUGGUCUAUAUUGUGAUACUAUUUUUGUAAGUGAAUAUGACAGUGAAGCCCCCCCCCCCAGCCCUCCUCCCCACCCAAGCUUGAAUAUAAUAACCUCAUGUCUGGAAGAUGAGAUAAAAGUGUGCAAGUGCGUGUGUGUGUGUGUGUGUCACUCAAUUGCAUGUACACGCACACACGCACAGUAUGUACACUGCACUCCAAAUGCCCCCCCCCCCCCCUCCCAUUUUGUAUUCAGUUUGACGACUAACAUGUCUUCCGAGUCUUCGGCUGUUAAAUGUGUAAAAAUACAAGAAGAAGAAAGAAAUCCUCAUACUUGACCAAUGUUUGGAAGUGAAAGUCACACUUUGUACUGUAAUGCUACUAAUAUUUGCCGCUAACUCUGCUGCAGCAUUAAGAGAAACUCCGUCCACGUUCUUUUAUUUUGAUUGUGUCAUUCUUCCGUUUCCAGCUCGUUGCUCCCUCACAAAGUUGACACAGCAUUGUCGCCGACAUAUUAACCACGAAACAAAAUCUUUAGUUACGAUUCAUUCCAUUCAACAUUUUUUAAAUGCUUUGUGACCAACACAGUGGUACCUCGAUUUGGUUGACAAAAAUUGAAAUCGAUUAUAUUUUUUCCAGAAAUUUGGAUCGAGGAGUGUUUCGAUCAUCGAGGUACCAUUGCGACAUUUCACAAUUUUAGCAUGGUUGAUAAUGUAUGUGUUUUUUUUAACGGUUAUUGUCGCUCAGGAUUUAGUGUGGCACGCAGUGAUUUAACUACACAACACUUAAAACAUGAGAGCAUUUAUUUAUCUGCUACUAAUGACAGUAUACAAGGUCACACGUGAUCAGUUAUUUACGGGUUUAAAAAAAAAAAAAACAAGAGAAUGGAGUUUUGCGCAAACCUGCCAAAAGAAAAAAAAAAAACAUCGUACACACUGUUGGCAUGUGAAUGGAAGAACUGUUGCAGCACCUGUAUUAUUUUUAAUUAUUGGUUUUACAUUACUUAUCUAGUUAUUCUUAGGUAUUCAUUAACAAUUUCAGUCAUUUAGUUUUAACACGUAGCCUCUACUAGAUGCAAAAACAGUAUUUACUUUUAAUAUUCCAAUUGUUUAGCACUUUUCUAACAACUUAAUGUAUCAUUUGACCUUCAUUGCAAUCCUCUCAAUAUGUAUUAUUAUUAAACCAUGAAACCACCUGACCUUCAUAUAAUUAUGUAUUUUUAAAGAAAUACAAACCAUGUACAGCUCUUAUUUUUUUGUUUUAAUUUUACAAUCGUAUUCUUCUGUAACCGAAUGGUGCACAGACAAUCACUAUACACAUGUCAAUAAACAAACCAGUUGAAAA